CCAAAUGCCGCUUUGUCGUUCCGCCCGCCUCGGCUGCGCCGGAGCUAGAGGGCAGUGUGGCCGCGGCGGCCCCAGCCAGGAAAGGCGGAGCGGCAGGAACUACUAAGGCGAGGCGUUUUGACAUCAGUUCCUCUGGCUGGAAGGGAGAAAGAGUUUUCUUCCCGAAAAUGCCACAAGUCGAAAGCGGCGAGCCCUGGGCGGCUGCCCCGGGGCAGGAGAUGGGGAGCCGGCCGCCACCCGUGAAACUCUGCUGCCGACGGGUUUGAAGCGGCGGACACGGACAAGCCUGCAUCGCCACUUGCCCCUUGCUGGAAGCAAAGAAGUCUCAGUUAGUGGCGGCGGCAGCAGCAGCACCAGCAGCGACGUGGGCUCCGGGGCCGCUUGCUGUCCCACCCAGCAUGAGCAGCGGCGGCGGGCGCACGGGCGCCCGCGUGGCUGUGAAAAUGGAGGUGGCCCCCUUCUACGGCGAGGAAGGGCUGGAGCUACUCCCUGACUUCGUGCAACUGCCGGGCUUCGGGGGCGGGCCCGGCGCAGGGGGACCUUCGGGGCUUGAACCUGCUGAAGAAAGCGGGGCGGACCAGCAGCACAAGCUGCUCCUCGCCGGGAAGAAGCAGCAGCGGGACUUGGUAGCGGUGGCUUCUCCCAGCGUCGCCUUGCCACCGGCAAGUCCCUUCUCCUCGCUGCGCCCUCGGGGUGGCACCAGCAACGCCGUGCACCGCCUCAUUCAGGAGGCGCCCGGCGGCGGCCCAGAGGUGGGCUCAGGCGUGUUGCAGCCUUUGCUGAAGCUGCCGGCGGCCGCCGAUCUUGAACAACUGCUUAUCCAAGCGGGUAGCCCGGGCCUUGCCGGUCCGGCCAGCCCCACCGGCGGAGGGCCCUCGGUGUCGGUAGCAGCAGCAGCCGGGGGUUCUUUCUUGUUUCGGUCCCCGCAGCACUCAGCCCAACAGCAAGCGGUGACGCAGGAGCAGGAGGGCUUCGCCGAUGGGUUCGUGAAGGCUCUGGCCGACUUGCACAAGCAGAACCAGCUGCUCGGGGUGCCACCAGCGCCUCUCUCACCUACUCAACACCCGGGAGGGCCGUGCUGCCCUCCAGCCAGGCAGGAGCCCCCCGCCGUGUACACCACCCUGGGCGGCUUCAACCCUGCCAGCCCAUCGGCCGGCGGCACUUUCUUCUCUCCCCAAGCUGUGGCUCGUCUUCCAGGGCCCGCCUCAACGGGCAGGGCUUUGGAAGAGCCGCAGACAGUGCCGGAGGCGCCCGUGGUGACGGUUCCUCCCCCUCCCCCUCCUGCGCUUUCCUCCGGGGAGUCCCCACCACCGCCUUCUUCCUUGUCACCUCUGGACGCCGAGAGCCAGGAGCGCCUGAAAGCUGAGCGCAAGAGGCUGCGCAACCGCAUCGCGGCCUCCAAAUGCCGUCGGCGCAAGCUGGAGCGCAUCGCCCGCUUGGAGGAGAAAGUCAAGGCGCUCAAAGGGCAGAACGCCGAGCUGGCUGCCACCGCCAGCCUCCUGCGCGCCCAGGUCACGCAGUUGCAAGGCCGCGUCCGGAGCCACCUCUCCAGUGGCUGCCAUAUUAACGCCGCGGCAGCUGCUCCUACGCAGACCUCGGCGGUAUCUAGCCAGCCCCCCGGCAGGGAAGGACCCACAGAACCGGAGACCAGUGCCUGCUGAAGCCACUCGACCCAGGACGGAGAGAAAAAGAGAUGCAUAAAACCUUGCCUUGGGUGGCAGCGGGGAGGAUGGCCUCUUGAUCCUGCGUAGAGGGGGACCAUCCGUGACAUAGCCACCUUCAGUUCCCUACUCUUUGGUUCUUAAAAGGUGCCAUUCCGUCAUCUCAAAAGCUGGGAAAGGGAUGGGAAAAGAGAUUCCACUUCUGCACGCCCAUAUGCACACCUGUGCCCUCUUACCAGCUCCUAAUAGGGAGCAGCAAGAGAGACCCAACAGCCAGAGAGAAACUUGUAUCCGGGACCUGCAUCAAAACAGCAGCCUAUUUCUUAACUUGUCUGAGGCUACAGAAGAACUCUGGCUUCAAUAAAUCACUGUUGUUUCUUUUCAGUUGUAUCCGGGACCUGCAUCAAAACAGCAGCCUAUUUCUUAACUUGUCUAAGGCUACAGAAGAACUCUGGCUGUCUCAGAGGCUGGAGCUGAGACACUUCAUUUUCUUACCUAUUGCAAUUGGCAAAGCUGCAUGCUGCAUCAUUUCUGCCAAACGUGUAUUUUGCUUCUUGAAAUACCUGCAGUAUUCUAUGUGGUUCACUGUAAUGUUGUCAAUUACUUUGUAUUUCCUAUCUUUUUCCAGCCAGCUUUUCAUAGUGUUGUUCACAGAAUUUCUCUGAAUGCUUCAAAACAGUUGGUUCCUUGAUCUCAUAUUUGCAAUAUGACUUUUCCUAUAGUUUUCUAAAAGUACCAACCAUCUUGCCAGUGUUCCUGCAAACCUAUUUAAAUGCUGCAUGUUUUAAUUUCUGACCCACCAAUAGCUCUCUUUCUGUUCCUCAGCCUUAGGCAUUCAAGCUCAUUUGGUGGUGUGUUUCAUCUCACCCACCCGAUUUCUGAGUACAUCUUUUUUUAGCAGAAGCGAAUUAGUACCUGGUUCAUCAUUCCUCUAUGAAGUAUUUUUCUCACCUAUAUCCCAAUCUCCAGUUUGUUCUGGGUGCUUUUUGUGUGCAAUGUGAAUGGCCGUAAUAGAGUUCUAUGGUUUGUUUUCAUUGACUCUUGCACUUUUAAGAACACCCUCCCCCACACACACACAUGCACACACGGAUGCAAAAUUCUAGGCAGAAUGGUACUCACCUGCAUUAACACUUCAUUAGGCAAAUAUUCCACAGUUUCUUGUGACCUUGGUGAUUCAGGUGAUAUCCAUUGUUGAACUGGCAUGAUGCUUUCUGCCAGUGAAAAGGAAUUUGGGGAUUUAAAACCUUUUCCUUAAAUAUAGAGAGGGCAGCUGGCUUUCCUGUGCACUUACACAGCCCACGCAAACACUCAGGUAGUAAUUCACAUAGUUGUGUGGCUAGAAGGGCUGACUAAUUUGUUGCUAACUUAGUGAGUGACGAUGUGUCACAACUCCUACCCAAUUCCUCUUUUUAACACACUGGUAGAGUUCUGGCUCUCUUAGGGUUUUUUUCCUCAUCAUGGGGUAGGAGCCCAAGUUUAGGUGUGGAAUUAAAAUCUUAAAGUACUUGUGAUAAGUUUUUGUAGAGCUAGAUUAUGAGGAUGGUGUAAGUUUUUAUAGCAAGCAUGUUCUUCAGUUAUGAGAAAUGAAUUGCUGGCUUUAACAUUAAAACUGAAUGGGGUUGGUGCUUUCCCUUUUUAACUAGUGCUGAACUGUUAACAUGAACAGUACUAGGAUAGUGUUUAGCGUUUGAAAGUACUUGAAAUCAGUUCUUUGCUGACAAUUGGAAAAUCUACAUACUUUUAAGUUCCAUUAAUAGCAGUCAGAGAGAUUUAAGCAUGUUCUUAACUCUGCCACUGAGAUCAGUGGGAUAUAAAAGUACUAACUUUUGCUGAAACAUCCCCUGGAUUUGUAUAUUGCAGCCAGAAUACAUUUUAAUAACAUUUCUCUACAGAGGAAGGAUAUAUAAAGCACACAGGGAUAUAAGUGAGGCUUAUUAUAACUUGCAUUCUGUGCAAAAAUGAAUCCAUUUUUAGUUAUGCACUGUAACUGUUUGUUUAGACUGCUAUUUAAUGUUGAAGUGGCAUGGCUCAGUGGCUGCAACUUAAAAGUAAUUUCUGUUCUGGUUCAAUUCAAUUAUUAGCCAAAAAUAAUAACUAUUUAGCAAUGAUAGCCUGAACAUAAUUGGUUUCUUUAGUGCAGAGAUACUUGAUUUGAUCACUAAUCAUAAUUUCAUGGAUAACUAAUGUGUAUGUUUCCAGUCUGGCAUUUGGAUGCAGUCAUUCCAUGCAUACGAUGUGUCUGCAUUUGUAAACACUAUAGUAAGGAGUGUAUACAUUGGUUUUAGGUUGAAGGUUUAAGUAGGUUUAAAUUUCUAUGCAUACUUAAUCCUAGAAAUGCUGAUUAGCAAAGCUGCAACCUCUUGUGAUAAGGCAUGCGGAAGAUCACGUUCGAGUGAUUUUUUCAGAAGUAGGCACUUUGAGACCCAGUAAUAGAAAAUAGAAAUAAAAUGGGACCCUGCUUGGUGUUGGAAUGGUCUGUGCAUGUCUGUCAGCAGCUUCUAACAUGUCAUGUGCCUGAUGAGCCUUAGCAGUGCAAUACUAAAUUAUAGUAUGACAGCUGACUAAACUGUUUUGAACCCAAAUUAAGAUUAAUGGCUUGAUAUGGAACGAUGUUCAUGUGGGAAAAGUGUAAGUGUGACAUUUUUCUUUUUCUAUUUUGUAGCUUUUGCCCUUGAGCCCUUUUCUUAUAAAACUUUUUAUAUAAAAAAAAUACAACCCAACAUUUCUUUAGAAGUAAGUCCUACUAAGCUCAAGGGGGCAGUACAUGUGCACAAGAUUGCAGUUUUUAGUGCAGAAGUGGGGAACAUGUGGCUUUCAGACAUUGUUGGAUUCCCAAUUCCCAGCAGCCCCAACCAACAGGGCCUGUGCACAGGAUUGAUGGAAGUUGUGGUCCAGCAACAUCUGGAGAGCCGCAGGUUCCUCACCCCUGCUUUAGUGACUUGAGCAUGGAGAUGAGAAGGGUUGAAUUUCUGGGACAAGGUUAAAUAACAGUUGUACAGAUUACUAGGUGCUAAAUACACUCCAUGCUCACCCAUCUUUAAAAGGUACAAGUAGAGUCCUGCAGCUAGAGGAACACCAGUAGCUAUACAUGUAGUGGUAGAUUGGGCUUGGACUGGAAGUACCUGGCUUCAAAUCUCAGCUCAGCUGUGAUAGAGCUCUCUGGGUGAUCUUGGGUAAGUCGCUACCUUUCAGCUUAACCUACCUCACAGGAUUUUUGUGAGGAUAAAAGGAGUAUACCUCCUGUACACAUCUCCAUUACUGCUUUGGAGGAAGGGCAGACUACAAACGUGUGAGAGAAUUGUGUGACUUACCUGUCCUUUCAAUGUUCCCCUGCACAGAAGUAGAGGAUCAAGGGAUGAGAUAGCAAGGUCACUUUGGGGGAGUUCUGCCAAAUAGUCUUUCCUCUAAGAAGGAAAGACUGUUGAAGGAACAGCUGAAUUUUUUUGAGUGAUUCCUUGGAAAAUCCAUUUCCUGCACUGAUGACUUGAAUGUUGCAACUCAUGGCUGUUCACUGUUAAUCAAGUAGUAGGUCAUUUGGACUGUAGCCGUAGCAAACAAACCUUUUAAGUUAUUCAUAGCGAUUCAUAGCAGUUGAGACAUGGCUUGGAUUCUACAAAGUAUUACACCCUAUUCAAGUGGGAUUCUUAAUUGAUGUGCAGGCUUAAUUUUAAUUUUUGAAAAGAAAUCCAUGGAAAAGUUGCUAUAGAUACUGUAUGAUUGAAGUAUUCCUAAACAUCACUUAAGAUUUUAUAUACUCGUACCACAAUAUUUUGUUGCCAUUUAUCACAGUUUGUCUCAUCUUAAGAACUUGUAUGUUCACAGUAAGUUUUAGGAUUAGGUCUUUAGCGCCAAUUUUAUAAUUCAGCAGAAUCAAAUCAUAAAACUUUUUGAGGAUUGGACCUUUUCAGGCUGCAGGUUGGGGGUUGCAUAUCUGAAUGCUCUUCUGUAUGAGGGGAAAAACUUGCAAUUAGAAAACUAGUGUAUCAGGGACAAGGGUUCAGUGAAAUCUUCUUGACGUUCUGUUUUUGGGGAGUUGAAAUUAAUUUUGUUUGCCAUCUUUAGCCUGAAAUUAUAUAAUCCAGAUAAAGAUUUUUGCUACUUGGUUCUGCUUAACUGCCUGUUAAACAUGACAAAUUCUUCAGUCAUCCAAAGUAGUACCAACUCUAUCAUCUGCUCGAACUGCAAAAUGGUGACUCUCAACUUUCAUUGGCCUCAGGAGUUGUAGUCCAACAACAACUUGACGGCUACAGGUUCCCCAUCUCAGACAACCAUUUGAAAAGUGAUGACAAAUCUUUGUAUUACUUCAGACAUUUAGAUUAUAAUUCUUUUUUGUGAAUCGUAACUUUUUUAUAUUAGAUGCAUUACUACUUGUGGGCUAUGAUUGAGAAAAUGCACACCUGCGAUGGAAAGAGCUUUGCCAUGCACCGGCAUUCACGAAGAAGGUUGUUGCUUGUUGAAUCUAUUUUCAGUUUCUACUUUUAAGACUAGUGACAUCAACCUUCUUGAUGGCCAUUGGCUGUGCUGGCUUGAACUGAUGGGAGUUGUAGUCCCACAGCAUCUGGAGUGCUGCAGGUUAGUCAUCUCUGGCUUAGGUGAUGUGAAAAGGUGUUUUAUCUGAGGGGGUAUUCCCUGGGAAUGUUUCUAGAACAAGGCUAGACAUAGCUCAGUAGGGCUGUUCUCAUACAACUAGUUGUUGCAUAGUAACAAAGUCCUCCUAAACAGAAGUAUAAUAAUUCCAAGCCUGUGAUAUAGGUAGCUGGCAUCUGCAGAAUUUUCCAGUUUAGUAGUAGUAACAAAGAAGGGAGAGUUCAGUUGCAAGAAAAAAAUGCAAACGUUUACUUGCUAAGCUUAGAGUCCUUGAAAAAUUGUAACUUAACAUUUGUUUGGACAUCUACAAGAUAUAGCCAGAUUCUGAGGAUGUGUUAUGUGAGUUCCAUUGAUGUCACAGGAAAUAAGGGUGUUUAGGAUGGCUUGCAGUGCAAUCUUAUGCAUGUCUAGUGGGAAGUAAAUGGGAAUUGCCUAGAAGUUCAAUGGGAAUUUGUUCAGUGGGACUUACUGUUAAGUAAGUGGUAUAGGAUUGCAGCCUUCCAUAUUUUAAUAAUAACGCUCUCAUUCAUGAUUUUUGGAUUGGAUGGUGAUGGUUUUAUUUGUCAAAGAAUGUGAUAGAAAAAUUUGACUGGGAUGGAAUAUGUCACAUAUAAAACACAGGACUUAAUGAAAAUGCACCCAGGGCAUGCCCAUUGUGGCUUUUCAGCAUUGCUGUUUAUAGUGCGUAGAACCUGAAGAUGUUAACAUUAAUUAUUACUGAGGUAAGGUUUUUUAACUGAUACUUCCUCUUGACUAAAUGUACAGCUUGAUUUUGUAUUGUGUCGUAUCUGUGUGUGACUUGGGAGGCAAAAUGUACUUUGGGAAUUGACUAUUGAUUUCAAGGAUACUCCCAGUUCCUACUGCCAAACAGCAGUCAGCAAACCUCCUUUUUCUUUUUCUUUUGAACUGAGGUUGUGGAUGACUUUAUACAGUACAGCAAGUGGAGAUUUUAGUCCUGCUGCUGUUGCAAAGAGGGCCUUUUGCCAAUGACUUUAUGGGAACAGGAUCAGAUCUCCAAAUUUUUGUUGAGCACUUAAGACUGAAAGGCGCCUUGCCUUGUAUGUGUAUCUGAUAUGGUGCCCCAGUGUGUAGUGGCUUAAAUGAACAUUUUCUGGUUUUAUCACCCUGUAACUAGGCUCUUUAAAGGAGACUGAACAUUCUUAAGUGGGAGGUAUAGGCGUUCUGGAAUGUAGAACAUUCUCAUGCUGAAAUUGUUUACAUGAAAAAAAGAUUACAUGUAUGACUUUGUAAUCUGCUAUGUGCAAUUUUGUACAUGUUGUGUUAAAACUAAGUUUAUAAGAUACUGUAUGUAUAAAUACUUGACUGAGUAUUUGAUAUAAAUAUCAGAACAUUAAA